CAAAAACCUUGCCUAUUUAUGGCUAGUUUAUUUUUUUAAUAAAAAACUCAUUUUAUAUCCUCAACAAAAACCUUGCCUAUUUAUAGCUAUUCUUUCUGGUAGUUGGGUUGGGUUUAGAUUGUGAUGGGGAAUUGCGCUGCUUUUUCAGCAAGAGUUGGCGCUGCUCUGAGCUCCCACAACCUUUCUGCUUCUCGUGAAGCCUCGCAAGUUAAAAAAAGAGGACAGUCAAACGCGCCGCCAUCCUCAAGCCAACCUUCAUCAUCUAGUGGAAACAACAGCGUGGGUAGCCUUCCCGCACCAAGAUCAGAAGAAGACAUAUUACAAUCCCCAAAUGUGAAAGCCUUCAUGUUUCUUGAGCUGAAGAACGCCACCAGAAAUUUCAGAGCGGACGGGCUUCUAGGGGAAGGAGGAUUUGGGUGUGUGUACAAAGGAUGGAUUGAUGAACAUACUCUUACCCCUACAAAACCUGGAUCUGGUAUUGUCAUUGCCGUUAAGAAGUUGAAACCCGAAGGCUUUCAAGGCCAUAAAGAAUGGCUGACCGAAGUUAAUUACCUCGGGCAACUUCAUCAUCCAAACCUGGUUAAACUAAUUGGAUACUGCUUAGAUGGUGACAAUCGGCUCUUGGUUUAUGAGUUCUUGUCUAAAGGCAGCUUGGAGAAUCAUCUUUUCCGAAGGAGCUCACAGCCAUUGAGUUGGGCCAUGAGAAUUAAGGUAGCUAUUGGUGCAGCUAGAGGCCUUGCUUUUCUGCAUAAUGCUAAAGAGCCUGUUAUAUAUCGUGAUUUUAAGGCAGCUAAUAUUCUUCUUGAUACGGAAUUCAAUGCCAAGCUGUCAGAUUUCGGUUUAGCUAAGGCUGGCCCGACGGGUGACCGCACUCAUGUGAGUACUCGAGUGAUGGGUACCCAGGGCUAUGCUGCACCAGAAUAUAUUGCUACAGGUCGGUUAACAGCAAAAAGUGACGUUUAUAGCUUCGGAGUUGUGUUGCUCGAACUGUUAUGUGGUCGUCGUGCUGUUGAAAGUUCUAAACAAGGUUCAGCAGAGCAGUAUCUGGUGGAGUGGGUGAAACCAUAUAUGGAGGACAAGAGGAAGCUGUUUAGGAUCAUGGACACUAAAUUGGGAGGGCAGUACCCUCAAAAAGGAGCAAUCAGUGCUGCUAGCCUUGCUCAGCGGUGUCUAUGCCCAGAACAUAAGCUUAGGCCAAGUAUGUCUCAAGUUUUAGAUGAGCUUGAACUAGUCCAAGCCCCGAAAAACUCUCCUAAGCUCUCCCAGCCAGACCAUCAAACCAAAACUCGCAAUGUGUAAAGUGCGGGGAAUACGUAGCACACGUGAGCCUCUCCACAUUGAGUUUAGGCAUAAGAAAACAAAUGUGUGGUUUGAUGAUUUGUUAUACCUUUUUGAGAAAAACUUUCAUUUUUGUCAAACCGAAAUCAGACCAUCAAAUUGGAAUGGAGAGAGUAGUUCAUAUUUACAAUUGCCUAUCACCCGUCCUAAGAUCGCCACUGUUGCCACUGGACCUUCAGUGUGCCAACCACAUGCAUGACACCAAUGCCCUAACCCUUCUGCCAUCUUCGCGAGUCCACGUCUGUCCGCCGCCAAACCUCCAUCAUGCUGCCUAGCUCUAUCGCCAUCUUUGACAAUGCCACUACAACUUUGUAUAUCUAGGCUGUUAUUGAUGGUUAACAUUUUGAUGGUUAACCAUAGCUAAACAUUUUGUGGAUGGUUAACCUUCAGCUAUCACCUCAAGAUCUUUGUGGUUGGUUAAACGCAGAACUAAACAUUUUUUCUCUUAAUUACAUAAAAAUGUCACAAAAUUGAAAAUAG